CUCUUUACAGGAUGAACAGAGUAGCCACUCAAUACACUGCUGCAGCAUUUGAACAUGCGCAGGCCGCCUUAAGACACAUCUGUGCAUUAAAAGAGAUGUGUAGGGUUCAUAACCAUAACACAAAGGUUGGACUUUGUUUGUAUUCACACUGACAUUUUUUACCAUGGUACAAAGUUGUUGUUGUUGUUGUUUUUAUCCUGGACAAUAGUUUUGCAUUUAUUCAUUUUACACAUUUUGCAUUGUCAAUGACGCAGCUGUCCCUGGAAGCACUUAAUGACAACAACAUCAACAAAAGCGCAUCAGCCCCUGAUUGGAGGAAAAAUGCAUCCUCUGGCCAAUCACAAGGCCCUAUGUUGGAGGGAAGUUCCAUCCCAACAUGAAAUGCCACUUGUUGGCUGUUUUCAUUAACUCAAUUGGCGCGUUGAUCUGGACCAUUUGCACAUUUAACCGAUAACAAGAAGUUCCUCUGAGGAGAUUGUAGGAAGGAACAUUGGAUGAAUUCAAAAUUCUCUAUAAGUGGACAUCAGGUUUACACUGCUUAUAGGAUAUGGUGUAAGUUUAGAAAGUUGGUUAAAUAUCAACAUGAACCGGUGGCAAGUCAUUUUAUUCUCAAUGACAUUAUUGAGGACUCUACAAGAAACAAUAGCUCAAGCACAUGAUGUGGUGUGUCUUGGUACCCAGAAUGGACUGAGCUCCACUGGGUCACAGGAAAAUCAGUACAACCUAAUCAAGGAGCGCUAUGACAGCUGUGAAAUUAUCAUGGGAAACCUGGAAGUCACACAGAUUGAGAGCAACUGGGACUUCUCAUUCCUAAAGACAAUCCGCGAGGUGACCGGCUACGUGCUCAUCGCCAUGAAUCACUUUCAGGAAAUUCCCCUUGAGCAACUGCGGGUCAUCAGAGGAAGCAGUCUUUACGAAAGGCGCUUUGCCCUUUCCAUUUUCUUCAACUACCCCAAGGACGGAUCUCAAGGCCUGCGGGAGCUUGGACUCACAAAUCUAACAGAGAUUUUGGAGGGAGGAGUACAGAUUCUAAAUAACAAAUACUUAGAUUAUGGCCCAUGGAUCUACUGGCAAGAUAUAUUAAGAGACAUCAAUGCUCCCAUUGACAUACACUACAAUGGGGAGAAAGGGCCGUGCCACAAAUCUUGUGGGGAUUAUUGCUGGGGGCCAAAUGAGAAGCAGUGUCAGAUCUUGACGAAGACGGUAUGCGCUCCGCAGUGCAACGGUCGCUGUUUCGGAACAAGUCCCAGGGAUUGCUGUCAUAUCGAGUGUGCAGCGGGAUGCAUAGGCCCUCUGGAUACGGACUGUUUUGCAUGUCGUCACUUCAAUGACUCUGGAGCGUGCGUGCCUCAAUGUCCACAAGCUCUCAUCUAUAACAAGCAGAUGUUCCAGAUGGAGACCAACCCCAAUGCCAAAUAUCAAUAUGGAUCCAUUUGCGUCUCUCAGUGCCCCACUCAUUUUGUGGUGGACGACAGCUCCUGUGUGAGCGUCUGUCCUCCAAACAAGAUGGAGGUAGAGAGAGAGGGACACCGACGCUGUGAGCCUUGCACUGGACUGUGCCCAAAAGUGUGUGAAGGCACUGGUGCGGAACACAGGCAGACUGUGGACUCCAGUAACAUUGACAGCUUCAUCAACUGCACUAAAAUCCAAGGAAGUCUUCAUUUCUUGGUCACGGGGAUUCUUGGCGAUGACUUUAAAAAGAUCCCACCUCUGGAUGCCAAAAAGCUGGAAGUGUUCCGCACUGUCAAAGAGAUAACAGAUAUUCUAAACAUCCAGUCAUGGCCAAAAGAGCUCAAUGAUUUGUCGGUAUUUUCAAGUCUCACCACUAUUCAAGGGAGGUCGCUUUACAAGCGUUUCUCCCUGAUGGUGAUGCGCAUCUCCACCCUCACUUCGCUGGGUCUGCGCUCUCUCCGAGAGAUCAGCGAUGGCAGCGUAUACAUCAGUCAGAACGCCGAGCUGUGCUACCACCACACCGUGAACUGGGCUGAGCUGUUCAGGGGGCAACAGGUCCGAGUCAACAGCAUCAGCAGUAAUAGGCCGCUGGCAGAAUGCGUUGCCGAGGGCCAUGUGUGUGACCCACUGUGUUCAAGCUCCGGUUGCUGGGGCCCAGGACCUGACCAGUGUCUGUCCUGUAAGAAUUACAGCCGAAAUGGGACUUGUGUGGACAGCUGUAAUUUCUUUACUGGAUCCUCAAGAGAAUUUGCAAGGGCUGACGGAGAAUGUGUCGCAUGUCACUCAGAGUGUAAACAUCUGCAUGGGAAAGCCAGCUGCACUGGGCAGGGUGCAUUUGAAUGUGUGGAAUGUGCCAACCUUCAAGACGGUCCAUACUGCAUGUCUUCUUGCCCUGCAGGUUUGAACGACGGGCAGAAGGGGCUCAUCUUCAAAUAUCCCAACAAGGAGGGUCACUGUGAACCAUGUCACCACAACUGCACCCAAGGAUGUUCAGGCCCAGGACUCCGUGAUUGUUUGGAAACUGUCAGACUAGCAGCGAGCAGUGGCCAAAUCACAGGCAUCGCUUUAGGUGUGCCAGCUGGCUUGAUAUUCUGCCUCAUCUUGUUUUUCCUGGGCGUGUUGUACCACCGAGGCCUGGCUAUCCGCCGCAAAAGAGCCAUGAGGAGGUACCUAGAGAGCGGAGAAAGUUUUGAGCCAUUGGGUCCCGGGGAGAAAGGAACCAAAGUUCACACCCAUAUCCUAAAGCCAUCAGAGCUAAAAAAGCUGAAAGUCCUCGGUUCUGGUGUUUUUGGCACGGUGCACAGGGGGUUUUGGACUCCAGAAGGAGAGACUGUUAAGAUCCCUGUGGCCAUAAAGACUAUCCUGGACAGUUCGGGCCGUCAAACAUUCACUGAGAUAACCGACCACAUGUUGUCCAUGGGUAGCCUGGACCACCCCUACAUCGUAAGACUUUUGGGCAUCUGUCCAGGGUCCAGCCUGCAGCUGGUCACCCAACUCAGUACACUGGGGUCCCUACUGGAACAUAUCAGGCAGCACAAGAACAGCCUGGGCCCCCAACGCCUGCUCAAUUGGUGUGUGCAAAUUGCCAAAGGUAUGUAUUAUCUGGAGGAACACUGUGUAGUGCAUAGGAACUUGGCAGCACGUAAUAUUCUACUGAAGAACAACUACCAGGUCCAGAUCUCGGACUACGCUGUGGCAGAUCUCCUUUACCCUGAUGACAAGAAAUAUGUCUACACCAAUUCCAAGACUCCCAUCAAAUGGAUGGCUCUUGAAAGCAUCUUGUUUCGAAGAUACACUCAUCAAAGUGAUGUGUGGAGUUAUGGGGUGACAGUGUGGGAGAUGAUGUCUUUUGGGGCAGAGCCUUAUGGGUCAGCACAAGCACAGGAGGUGCCAUAUCUCCUGGAGAAAGGAGAACGCCUAUCACAACCUCACAUCUGCACCAUAGACGUUUACAUGGUCAUGGUCAAAUGUUGGAUGAUUGAUGAAAAUAUAAGGCCAACUUUCAAGGAGCUGGCAAGUGACUUUACACGAAUGGCACGAGACCCACACAGAUACCUCGUCAUUAAACUAGAAGGAGAGGACAAUGUCUUGCAAGAUGUCCAUCGGAGAGAUUCUGAGCGAGGGCUGCUUGACCAAGACUUGAUGGAUGAACAUGAGGACACACUGGAGGAAGGUUUCGCCACGCCACCUCUGCAACAUUCUCCCUCGUGGACUCUCUCUCGGUCAAGGAUUAAUUCUUAUCGGAGUGGUGCCUCACAAUCGGGAACUGUUGGAUACAUACCGAUGACUCCUAGUCCCGUAGAAAGCGUCCGUCAGUUGCGCUUCCAGAGGUCUCGCCGGAGCUCGGUGCGAACAUUGCCGGAAAGGUCAGAAAUAAGAUGGGGUGGCAGGGAAACAGACCUGUGGGACGAAGGCUUCGGGACUGGUGCUCCUUACAGGAGUCGGCUUGGCUCUGAAAGGGCUACUUCUCACUUAACCAGCGGUCGGAACAGGAAACUUUCAACAGCAUCAAGUCCAUCUUCAUACAAGGUGUGGAAAUCAAGCCAGAAGGACAAGGAGGAGGCAGAGGCGGUGCAAAACUAUGGUUAUGUCCUUCCCGGAUCACUAAACACACCAGAAAGAGCUUGUAAAGUCAACCCACGAUUAACCAAGGUGAAAAAAAUGGCUCUGGAGUAUGAGGUGAUGAGCUGCAAGUCUGACCUCGGUCUUUGCUCAACUAAAGAAGAUGACACCUCACUAGGGGAUACUUAUAAACCAUUACCUUCAACAACUGUCGUCACUCUGUUACCUGCUCAUGAGGACACCUCGACGUUGGUUGUGUCUGCAGAGAAUCACCAGGUUAAAGAGAACUUUGGGGAAAAUACGGCAGAUUUUCCAGAGGAACAUCAAUUAAGUAUGGAGAAGCCGAUCCAAACUGUGGAGAACCAUGCGCAAGCACAUCAGGUGAAAGGCAGGUAUGAAUACAUGGACAUUAGACGCUCUGACUCCAUAGAGGAAGAGUCAUCGAAAACAUCUGUGGACGAGCCAUAUGAAACGUGCCAGGGAGAAGAGAGUCAAUUAGGAGACGUGCAGGACUGCCAUCACACAAACAAACAACAAACCCAUAAGGGGAAUGUAAGUAGUUUGCACAUGCCAGAUGUGGUCACGGAAGAAGGACGGAACGAGUAUGAGGAUAUGGCUCCAUUUGAAGGAAUACCCAGUGGGUGGGAGCAGGCAGAAUACCAGAACCUCCCAGUGAAGGAAGAGGUGGGCAGCAGCCGGUGCGCCGGGAUUGGGGGAUACAUCAAGGUGUGCGCAGGCAUGGGUGAGCCUGGCAGCAGCUCAUCGUUUGACAACCCAGACUACUGGCACAGCAGGCUGUUCCUAAAGCCAGAUGCUGUACGUACAUAAUAAUGUGUACUGGGAGGUGCAUGCACCCUCCAGAUGCUGUGGUUACGUGUGCUGUCCUGCGAUGUGUGCUUUGUGACAUUUCCCCACAAUAAUUUUAGUACAGUACAUCAGGAAUUGGAAUAAAAGUCAAGGCUCAUUUUACAGUGUUAUGGUGCAUAAAAUGGGGACAUUGCGCAGGCUGGAAAGCUAGCACAGAAUAAUGAUUUUGCAGGAAUUUCUGUAUAGUGAUAUUUUUGUACCACAGUAGUGCAAUUUAAUACAAGUGAUGCUAUUUUGAUAAACAGUACAAGCCUACAACGAAUGAACUAAUCAUUCAACAAGACAAAAUUAAUUAAACAAAUUAAAAUCAUAUCUCAAGGCACUACUUUAGUAUGAAUUAUUACAUGGAUGGAUAAUAGCCAUAACUUUUAAGUAAACAUUUGUUACAAUGACCACUGUACAGUACUGUAUGUCAAACUUUUUUUUUAUUCCAUGUGUUUCUUCAAUAAAACCCAUGUCUUGGCUUCCAAAAAUGAUCAGC